AUGGCCGGCCGCCUCGGCCGCGGGAUGUGCUACGGCAAGCGGGGCCGGGGCUGCCGGGGCGAGGGCGCCCUGCUCGCCCUGGGGCUCCUGGCCGCCCUCGGCUUCCUCGUGUGGUGGCACGGCCCGCCGCCCCGCCACGCCGCCCGCCGCGCCCCGCCGCUGCCGCCGUCCCCCGACACCGAGCUGCUGCGGCGCCCGGUGUACGCCAAACCCGCCCUGGACCCGGGGGCGCUGGGGGAACUGGGCCGGGCGGUGCGGCUGGAGCUGAGCCCGGCCGAGAAGCGCCGCCAGGAGGAGAGCAUCCGCCGGCACCAGAUCAACAUCUACCUGAGCGACCGCAUCUCGCUGCACCGCCGCUUGCCCGAGCGCUGGCACCCGCUAUGCAGAGAGAAGAAGUAUGAUUAUUAUAACCUGCCAAGAACCUCCGUUGUGAUAGCUUUUUAUAAUGAGGCUUGGUCAACACUUCUGCGAACUGUUCACAGUGUUCUUGAGACAUCUCCAGAUAUUCUUUUGGAAGAAGUUAUUCUUGUAGAUGAUUACAGUGACAAAGAACAUUUAAAGGAGAAUUUAGAGAACUACGUGGCUGGUUUACGCAAGGUGCGUCUUAUCCGGGCAAAUAAGCGAGAGGGGCUGGUUCGAGCCCGGCUGCUGGGGGCAUCUGUGGCAAAAGGAGACAUCCUGACCUUCCUGGACUGCCACUGUGAAUGCCAUGAGGGCUGGCUGGAGCCACUGUUGGAAAGGAUUGCGGAAGAAGAAACAGCUGUCGUCUGCCCUGUUAUUGAUGUUAUUGACUGGAAUACAUUUGAGUACUUGGGAAAUGCUGGUGAGCCACAGAUUGGUGGAUUUGACUGGAGGCUGGUCUUCACUUGGCAUAGUACCCCUGAAAGAGAACAAAAACGGAGGAAGUCCAAGACUGAUGUGAUCAGGUCUCCAACCAUGGCAGGUGGAUUGUUUUCUGUAAGCAAAAAGUAUUUUGAUUAUCUUGGUUCAUAUGACACAGGAAUGGAAGUCUGGGGAGGAGAAAACCUUGAAUUCUCAUUUAGGAUAUGGCAGUGUGGAGGAAGUCUUGAGAUCCAUCCUUGCUCCCAUGUAGGUCACGUUUUCCCCAAACAAGCUCCAUACUCGCGGGCCAAAGCUUUGGCAAACAGUGUGCGUGCAGCUGAAGUGUGGAUGGACGAAUAUAAAGAACUUUAUUACCACCGAAACCCGCACGCUCGCCUGGAGCCAUAUGGAGAUGUGACAGAAAGAAGACUUCUUCGAGAGAAGCUAAAAUGUAAGGACUUUAAAUGGUUCUUGGAGAAUGUGUAUCCAGAACUUCACGUACCCGAGGACAGACCAGGCUUCUUUGGAAUGCUGAGGAAUAGAGGGAUGGAAAACUACUGUUUUGAUUACAACCCUACAAAUGAACAUCAGGUAACUGGACACAGGGUCAUACUGUACCCAUGUCAUGGCAUGGGACAAAAUCAGUUUUUUGAGUACACAUCCCAUAAUGAAAUACGUCACAACACCCGACAACCAGAAGUCUGUGCAGCAGUCGAUUCAGGGACUGACUACUUAACAAUGUACUUGUGUCAAGAAAAUGUCCACAAUGUUCCUGAAAACCAGAAGUUUGUUUUCAGAGAGGAUGGUACCUUGUUUCACCUACAAACCCAGAAGUGUGUACAAGCUGAGUCAAAUGUUUACAAUGGUAACCCAGCACCAUUGUUACGACCAUGUACCAACUCGGACUACCAAAAAUGGUUCUUCAAAGAAAGAAGUUGAUCCAGAUGUUGUCUAGCUGAAUAUGAAAAAUGUGUUUUUUCCAGUCAACAGUUAGUCAGCUUUUUUGAAAAUCACAUAAGUGAUAUAUUUUUGUAUGGAAAGAACUGUAAUUAGUUUACAAACCUUGGAUCUUGUUUCCUGGAGCAUUAGAAAGCACUAAGCAUUGAGAGCUAUGUAAAGUGCUACAGAAUCUGCUCCUUUUCUCUUUAUUUGGCAGCUACAUAACUGCUUCUGAAGUGUCUUAAGUUCUUCUCUCAAGUGACAAUGUAUUUUUUUAAUCUGCUGUGUGGAAGUAAGGCAGUCAAAAUAAUUGCACUAAUGUUAAUCUGCCAAUAACUUAAAAUGUUUAUUUUUCUACUAAAACAUUCUGCAGUUGGGCCUUUUAACAGAUAGUAGUUAAUAAUUAUUCUCAUCUUUUAAAUACAGAGAAGGUAAAUGUAGGCCAUAUUCUGCCCUAAGUGACUACCACAAACUCCUCACUGAAGACAGUGUGGAUUUACACAUGAAGGCAGAGUACGUCUGCAUGUUUUUGCACAAAUAACAAUCUAGAUGCAUACAGAUUGCACAUGCCUGACCAUACUAUACCUUAAAUGCUGUGACAAUUUUAGAUGCUCAUGGCACUUGACAAGUUUAUAAUCAUGCAUAAGUCUGGUCUGGGAGUAAAAUGGGGAUUUUCUCAUUUUUCUUUAAGAAAUAAGGCAACUGUAUUUAAAGGUGAUGCUUUAGGAAAAGCUAUUUAGAUUCACAUGGACCUAGCUAUGUGUCUGUGUCCCAGACUGCACAGCUCAUUUUAACAUUAUGUGGAUUUUUAAUAUGCAUAAAAAUUGCAAGAUCAGACCUGGCAAUAAUUCUUUUGGAAAAAAAUCAAAAUUACAGUUAGAGAAAAUGAAUCUAAAAAAU